AUGCCAGGACAAAAUGGAGAACCGACAAUGUUCUUCUUUACACCGUUACAGGUAUUUCCAGAAGAACAACAAAAACCUCGCGCUUCAGAAAAGGCGAUGAAUAAUUUGCCAAUUGUUGAAAUAACUCAGAAACACAUCGAUGAAAAGUCUUUUUGUCCAAUUUGUUUGGAUACUUUUGUUAAACAAAAAGAAAAACAAAAUGAACAAAAUGACGAGAAAAAUGAAGGAAAUGUAGUUCGUGAAAUGCCUUGUAAACAUUUAUUUUGCGAGUCCUGUCUGUUUGAAUGGUUACGACAAAGUAAUACUUGUCCAUUAUGUCGAUUUGAAAUUGAGUCACAAGACGCUUCGACGACAACACCAAAUGUAAAUAUCCAAGAACCAUCUCAAUCACAAACAUCACCUUCAUCAGAAACAACACCACCAUCACAAACCCCUUCUUCAUCACAAACCCUGCAAACCCCCCCUCCAUCACAAACACCGUCAUCGCCACAAGCACAAGAGACACCUUCACAACCUCAAACUCGCGAAAACAAUGUGAACUCCUCGAUACCGACAUCCUCAUCAAGACAAUCACAACCUCGAACGAGAUACGCGCAGCAUCGACACCCUUAUUAUUCAAAUUCACACACUAAUUAUCGCCAUUCAAACCAAUUAACGAGCUGCUUACUCGAGAGAGUCGGGUGUUGUUCAGAAAGAUACUCGUUGGACACCACAUCAUCGUUGUCAUUUCGAUGUCCUUCUUGUCGUGCUCCUGCUAAUUUACUGAGUGAUCUUCUGAAAAUUAGAACUACGCAACAAAAUAAUGAUGAAAACAACAGCAGCAUCAGCGGCAGCGGUAGCAACGACAAUAAUAACAAUAAUCAAGUUGGUGCUGGUGGUAUAAAUUAUCCAUUGACAAUACGGCUAGACUAUAUGGAUUUGGAUUAA